GAUCGUUUCCGACAUUCCCAACUCACGUCUGAUGAACUUUCGGUUCUCCAAACUAUCCCAAACAGUUAAACCAAAUGAUAAGGAUAGAUUUCAAGACAACUUGUUUAUAUUAUAAGUAGCUUCGUGAUCUAAGUAACUUUUGUGAAGUGUUGUUUUGCCAUAAAGUUUACGCCGUCACUGUUGUAAUGCGAAUGAGGACAAAUCUCUGUCUGCGCAUUAUUAUAAUAUAUCUGAAAGAAUCUGAGUGCGCAUUAAAUAAUAUAUUUGAAAGAAUUUUUGUGUGCGCAUUAAUGUAAUAUAUCUAAAAAAUAAAAGUACUUCACAGAGAUAUUAUCAUAUUCCAUAAUGAAAUUUUUCAAUAUUUUGAGUGCUGAUGUUGUCACUACAUAAUAAGCAAAAUGUAUUGUUGAUUAUAGAAUGUAUUAUACUUAAUGGACAUAUCCCUUUGGAACCUGUGUCAAAAAUCCAGAAAUCAGCUCUCUAUAAUCUUUAAUCCAAACAAUUAAACAACUAAUAAUUUUCUUAUUCAGUCCAUUCGUGAAAAUCAUCUAUUGAAACAAAAAUGCGAAUGGAAUCAAAGCUUUCUUGUGAUUUUACGGAAAGAUGUGCGUCGGCAUUCGCUUGGGGGACAGCGCUGAUACUCGUGGCAAUACUGCCAGGAUUGCAUUCGUCUGAAAUAGUUGCAGGUCGAGAGCACACUGUUUCCGGCAAGAUAGGCGAGUCAGUGGUUCUGCCUUGUGAGGUGGACUCUCACAACUGCGGCCGCAUCUAUGUGAUUACGUGGACCAAGCAUAUCGGCGAGGAAUGGCGUCGUGUCUAUCUGUACAGCGACACGCAUUCGAAGCCCAUGAAUGCAUUCGCGGGCCGCGCUCAUUUCGUCCUGCACAAUAAUUCCAACGCCGAGCUGCACCUGCGCUCCCUCAGCGUCUCGGACGAGGGGACCUACAAGUGCGACGUCACCUAUAUUCACGGAAAGUGCCCUUCCCUCACCUUCACCAAGCUCUACACCCUCAUGAAACCAAAGCCUCCUGAUUUGUACGUGGAUGGAUCUUUAGUACAGAAUGCCACCACCUUAGGGCCCUAUACUGAAGGGUCCACAUUUAUACUAGACUGUCGAUCUUCAGGUGGUCGUCCUCCACCCCUUAUCACCCUGUGGAAUGGAACGCGGACUCUGGCAGCCAAAAGUCACGUGCAAACUACGGAGGAUGGUGCCAGUGACGUGAUAGUAACCGCUAGAUUCGUACUCUCCAGAUGGGAUUUAGAGUCCAGGCUCGAGUGUCGAGUGCAAAGUAACGCCACGCCGGCCCCCAUGAUCAAAUGGAUCAAGUUGGAUAUACACGUGAAACCUGUCUCAUUACGCCUGCGCGGACCCACGACGCCAGUGGUGGCCGGCGAAAUGGUUUCUCUUACAUGCACUGUUGAGGGUUCGAGACCUGCCGCCUCCAUCACCUGGUUCAAUCGAUCCCGCGAAGUAGAGCCCCAGCCACCAGCGUCUCGAGACUUGAUGAGCGAUGCCACCUACCGCACAUCUUCCACGCUCGUUUUUAUAGCUUCAAGGCACGACCAUCAAGGGGAUUUCUGCUGCCAGGGUCUCAACGAAGUACAGAAACUGCAAAGCCAGCCACCCCUCUUCCAAAUUGUUAAGCUUGAUGUACUGUAUCCUCCUUCUGUCGAAGUGCUGCCCAAAGACGGCCUCAUCGUGAACGAAACAGGGGAAGCAGUCCUUACUUGCAGCUUCAGCGCCAAUCCCCCCAAUGUCACCGAAGUCGUGUGGUACAAAGAUGGAAAACCAGUUAAGACGAUCGAUCCUCUAACAUUGCCCAAUAACAAUCUGAAAGGUGGAUCGCCUCCUGGAGUGCCUCCUUUGAAGCCCAGCAACAAGUUGGUCUUGGACGGAAUCGUGAGAACCGAGGCGGGAUCGUACAGCUGCCACGUGAGGAAUGCGUUCGGAAGAGGGAAUUCCACCAACAACAUCACAAUAGACGUUCUUUAUCCUCCCUCAGUCCGUGUGGGUGUGACGCCGUCUGUCGCAGCCGAGACCAUGGAAGCCAUGCUCACCUGCGAGCCAGUGGACGGGAACCCUGCCGUUCUGAUGGCGGUCCGGUGGUAUCACGACGGAGUUCCGGUCCCCAGCAGUGGAGAGGGUACGAGGCUCACCCUGCGCAAUCUGACCAGAGACCAAAGCGGAAACUACACCUGCAGAGGACUCAACACGGCAGGUUGGAGCAAGGAUUCGGACCCUAAGUACCUGGACAUACAUUAUGCUCCUGGAUCCGCCCGGAUUACUCAGUUGGAAUCAGUAGCAGUGAAGGGGAAGAAGGUGACCCUUUCUUGCCAGCUGGACGACCUGGGACACCCACCUGCUUCCCGUUACUUAUGGGAGAGCCCAACGCUCACCCUUGGGAACAAUUCCAAGCAAAUUCUGGUUAUGGAAAACGUUAAUGCCUCUGCCGAAGCAGUUUAUUUCUGUGCAGGACGCAAUGAAGUGGGCACUGGACCUCUCGGACACUUCACACUCAAGCUCAGUGCUCCACCCUCCUUCGUUCGAGCUCUUCCUCCAGAGUCCGGGGCUGCUAGAAACAGCUCGGCCGUUCGCCUCAUGUGCCACGUGGAGUGCGACCCUCUUUGCAACGUCACGUGGUUUCGAGGAACCGAUUCCCUGCACGAGUCUAAAUUCUUCGUGACAGAGACUUUGGUUCUAGAUCCAGAUCCCAAAAGGAACGUCCUGCGCUCCGUCGUCAGCAGCCUUUCCUGGAGUCUCAGCCACCUGCCCGCAACAAGCUUCGACUUCUCCUCUUUCACGUGCCUCUCCUCCUCCAAUGCGCUUGGGCCAUCUGUUAAUAGUUCCACUCUCUUCAGGAUAGAAUAUCCCCCAGAGAACAUCCAGGUGUCGCUCCACCUGUUGGACGUGAUGGAAGGGGAAACACCAGAGGACGUGGUCUGUUCGGCGUCCGCUUUCCCUCCUCCCAAGUACAUGUGGACGGCGGGGGAUGCAGUGCUCUCCCGCUCAAGAAUCCUCUCCUUCAAUACGUCCGUAACCAGAGAGAUGGCCGGAAACUACUCCUGCAUCGUUCACAAUCCUCACGGACACGCCAGGGCGGAUCUACUGCUGAGGGUCAACCAUCGACCGGACUGCACAGUGCGCAAGGAUUACGAUGACCAGAGGAACGUGGUGCUCAUCUGCCGUUCCAUCGCCUAUCCCGCCGUCUCCAACUUCUCAUGGUUCCGAGACAAUGUGUCCUUGAAUGUCCAGCAAAGAAAUGAGAGGCACGAGAACACCCUUGUGAUCAAGACCGAUGAUAACUUGGCAAGGUACUCCUGCGUCAGCAGCAACGCGCUCGGCCCUUCUGAUCCCUGCAAGCUGCAGCUCACUUCCCUUCCAGCGCCAUCCGGAUGGGUCCUUCAGGAGGAGAAUCUAAUCAUUGUUGCCGGAGUAGCCGGUGGUCUGGUCAUUCUUAUGGUUCUAUUGGUAAUCACAGCUGCGGUGGUAGCAGUCAAGAGAAGGAUAUCAGCAAUAGACAAACCUGAUAUGGAUGAAAGACAAAACUUUGAGGUUCGGGGCGGGUCCGGAGAUACGGGAUUGUGCAGCAGUAUCACCCCCAUUCUGCCUUCCAACCCGCUGGACCCCAUGAUGCCCCUGCUCUCCGAAAUGAAGCAAAAAGUGUCACCCAUGCACAGACCCCCCAUCAUCUCACCCUUGCUACAACAUGGUGGCAAGCCAAUGCACGGAAGGAGAUUUCUACCCAAUAACUGUUCUGAUAUGUGCCGAGUGAGAGACAUAUGCCAAGUGGACCACGGUAAUAACGCCGGAUGAUGGAGAGCGUGCCGGGCAAUUCAAAGAGACACACCGUCCACGUGGAUAGCAGCCGACUGAAGGGAUGGAUCGCCUCCUGUCGGGCUCCCUGGAAGAAUCUCCUUCGAGCACUUUUCUCGCACCUGUAGCUGCAGAGGGCUAUCCGAUAGAUAAUGUAUCUCUCUGCUCACUUGCUUAGAAGAUAUCAACAGGCAUCUUCUACAAAGGGAUUUUUCCCUCCCAAGUUAUUUCUUGUACGGAUCACCGUCUUCUGAUUUUGUCUCCAGAAAUCAUCAUGUAGUGAGACAUCUGAUUGUGUCUCCAGAAGUCUGGCACGAGUGCAGAGCAUGAACUGAACCUUCAACACAUUGUUAUAAUAGUUAGGGGGUUUCCAUUUGUGUUGUUAACUAACACGUCAACAGCUCAUUUUAUAUGCUUCUUUCAAUAAUAUUUAUUCAAAAGAUUCGAAAUGAAAUUUUUUUAAUGGCCAGCCAGCAUCCAGGAACAGUCCUGAUCUUGUUAAAAUGCAUAAUGAAAUGCAUAAUUAAAGCAAUAUAUAGUGCAUUUUGAUGAAACGACGUACGGUACAAAUUAACACAUUAAUACAUGAUUUCGCUAAUUUGCUUUAUGAUAUAAUUUUAUAAUAAAUGAAUGAAUUGCCGUAACUUUGUAGCACUUGUACAAACAUGACUGCGGUGAUUUUAGGAAAAAGAAUAUUCUUAGAGAAGAUUUAGUAAACAGCAUUUAGUAACAGCGAUCCUUAUUUUAAUCCAUAAAAUAAAAUAAAGUGAUAAGAAUUACAUACAAAUUAUCCUGAAUAGACAUCUUUGCGCUCUACUGAUUAGGCCUGUAUAUUAUUAUGAAAUUAGGUAUGUUCAAACUCUUUGAUGUGAUAAGAUAAGAAAAAUCGUAAAAAUAUAGGCUUGGAUUUGUUUUACUUAAAACUAUCAGUCCACAUUGAAUACAAGCGUAAUCGAUUCCCAAAAAAUAUUUCUCAGUUUAAUGUUUCAGCCACUUGUUUUUAGAUAACUGUAAACAUUUUCAAAAAACUGGGGUUUGGCUCUUGCUUUAAACAAAUUUUUCUUUAUAUCAAAUUUAAUGUUCUUGUUUUUCUACAUUGAGACAAUUUAAAAAAUAUAUUGAAGAUAUUUUAUUUGUAAGGUACUCUAACUGUGAUUUAUAUUGGUUUCUUUAGGCGACUCAGAAUAGAAAUUAAAUUGUAUCUUGCCUUACAAAUAGGUAAAUUUGUAUAGUGUAAUUUAUCAGUUUAUUUAUAGCUAUUUAAAUAAACUGAGAAAUAAAAAAGAAAGGUCGCGGAAUAUAGAAAAAAACAUAUAUAAUGAUGAUGAAAUGCUGCGAAAUCUACAUUUUUGUGGUAUGGAAAUCAAAAAACAGAAAAAAGAAUUUUGCGAAUGUCUACAUAGGUAUACAUAGACAGUAAUAUAAAAAUUUUAUUGGCAGGUGUGCAGAUUUUUCUGCAUUUCGAAAGCCGGUAGAUGAAGCAACACCCUAAAUAGUGCCAGGUGUUGGUUUGUCUGUUCUAGGAAUAGAUGAAAACCGAAUCGCCUGAAAUUCUAGAAUUGAAAGCUUGUCUAUAUUUCAUGAUGCAUGAAGCUAAAACCUCAUUGGUCACAUAUUAAGGAUUUAUUUAUUCAUAAAUACAGCACAAAAUUAUGAUUUAUAGAACUAUUUUAACAGAAUAAAUUCUUAGAUUUUUCUAUAAUUGUUGCAAGACACGAAAAGCACUUUGAACGUAGUGAUUUUAGAGCAAAAUUUCUUAAUUAAGAUUAAUAAAUGUUAAAAAUAAACGUUAUUAAGGCAAAUAAUCGAUAAUUCUUGACAAUGAGAAGAAUAAUAGUAGAGUAUUAUUUUUGUUCUACUGUUGAAAAUUAUAUUUUCUAAUGUGUAGAUAAAGUACUUUUCAUAAAAACUGUUAAACAAAGGAAUGAUAUGCGAAUUAUGUUUUUGAUAUUUGUUCAAAAUAUGGACGAAAAAUGCAGUGAGAUAUAUAGAAUUAUGCUUGUAAAGAAUUUAUCUAUGAAAAAUUUUGUACAUUCACACUAUCUUUACUAGAUGCUGCUGCAUUUUUCUAAUAUUCGGCCUUAGUAAAAGUUUCUACUCUAAAGAGAAUUAUUUGGGAAAUUAAAUAUGGGAAAAGAAAACAAGUUCAAUCGUGAUGUUGCAUUGCUUUUUAAUAAUAAAAUUUCCAUUAGCAUUUGCACUGUUUCAGAAAGGAUUAUUUUCGUUUAACUCGUUGAUAAAGUUUUAAUAGAAAUAAAUUUGCUUAUAAAAAAUGCUGAAUUUUAAAAUUUUACAAAAACCCUUAAAUAAUUCCUCUAAAUCUUAUUUGAAAUGUAUUUCGUGACAUUCAAAGCACUCUACGUUUUUCGAGAUGCCAGAUUUAAUAGUUAAUUAAAACUAUUAAUUAAAUUAAUUCAUUCAGCAUUUCAAAAAUUGUAUUGAGCACACAUUACUCAAAGUUAGCAUUUGUUAAUUAAAUGAUUCACGAAGUAAAAAAAUUUGUGUUACGAUAAAGAUUAAUAUGCACCCUUUAGAUAUUUCUUUAUCAAAGUAAAAUUAUUCUAACAAAAUCAAUCCGGUUUUAUGUAGAUAAAAUUUGUCUAAUGCAAAAUCAUUAAUAAAGAAAUGUUCGAAAAUAUUUUCUUUUUAAAGUACAGUUGAGCAUUGGUAUAGUGAAUUGGUAAGAAAAAUAUUUAGAAGCUCUUUUUUAUAAAUAUAAUUUUUGUGUAUGGAAUUUGUGAAAUAAUAUUUUUAUGAGUUUUUAUUUUAAGCAAAAAUGCUAAAUUUCUCUUCAUUCGUGUUCACUUGAAAACUAUGGAAAUUAUUGUAUUCAUUAUGAAAUUCCAUUAUAGCGAUCCUGAAAGUGAAUUCCUUUGAGCACAGCCCAUUCAUAGAAAAAUUAGGAAUGCAUGCUUCUUUUGCGUCGAUUACUAAAUCUCUUUAUCGAGAGAGAAUAGAAGUAUUUCAUAGAGUGACUACAGAAGUCAGUAUCAGGAGGCUAGAGAACAUACUUCAUAAUCUGAUAGUGUAUCAGUUUGUUUUCCCCCAUGGACAGAUAUCAUUUAAAACAGAAAUAAAUUGUUGAGAUAUAAAAUAAGCAAUAUUAAAAAAAUGAUCUAUAUUUCUGUAAAAGACUUGAGCACUGAAAUUUUAGAAAAUGUAUUUUUUUGAUGAGAUAUUUACUGAGCUUUGUCAUAAUCAUCACCCCCAGGCCCCCAGAGAGACAAUUGCACCUUAACUGAACUAAAAUUGAGCGACAGCUGUUUCAUAGCAAAUAGAUAUUUUAGUGACACUUGUAUAGACGUUUUUUGUAAGCGACGCUCAGAACUAAACUGUGUGUGCGAUAUCGACUUCCUCUUCACCGUGGACUUGUUUCGGCGGGAAGAAGUGCCGCCAAAUCACUCGAUGUGUGUUAUUCUAUGUUUGUAAUAGAUCGUGUAUUUAUUGUACACAGUUAUUUGACAAUGAAAACGUAGCGUCAAUUUAACGCCCACCUACAAAC